CAAGAGAGAACCAAUCCUUUGAAAAAUCAGUGUCAAAUGGAUUAAUUUGGAGUCUGUUUUUGGUAGUGGGGAAGCUGCAGGCGAAGGUGGGAAUUAGGUAUGCAGUAGGUGACGGACGUUGACCGUGAAGCGGCGGCUUUCACGCGUCAACACACGCCUUCCUCUGGACUCUUCCUGCUUCCCUCUUCCCUUCUCCCAUUUGGACCCAGUCCUCCUAAAGAACUUCCACAAUUUAAUUAAUGUAACUCUUUCCAGAAACACCGCCACCACCGCCACCACCACCACCACCACCUCUAUAUCUCCUGCAGUAUUUCAAAGAGCAGUCCUCUAGAAGUUCCUCACAGGAAUUGAGAAAAACCAAAAGAUUUUUUUUUCUUUUUUUCACAUUUUGAUAAUGUUUUUUUUGGUUGCGUCAUACUUUUGUAUUCCUUUUAUGGGUUCCAAGCCUGUGUUUGGUCAAACCUUUGUUGCUCAGCUGCAAAUGUGAUUUAUUGUCAGAGUGUACGUGGCAUGAACUUCGGCUGCCUCCCUUUCCUACAAUGUAUAUUCAUAAGAGCGUAAACCCUAGCUAAAACUCUCUUACUCUUUCAACAAUCACGUGGUUUUAGGAGGUUGGAGCUAUGGCUGGAGUUUUUGAAGAGGUUGAGAAGCCUAUUGGGAUCAGGGCUAUGGAGAGUCUAGGGUUAGGGUUUGAUCUGACAAAUGAUUUCAGAUUGAAGUUUGCAAAGGGGGUACCAGGUGAGAGGUUGGUGGUGCUGGACGAGAGGAACAAGGGGGACAUUGUGAUUCCUGGCGGGCUUACCAUUCCGGGAGUAUCCGAGGAUAUUCGGUGCGACAAAGGGGAUAGAAUUCGAUUCAAAUCCGAUGUUCUUGAGUUCAAUCAGAUGUCAGAGUUGCUUAAUCAGAAAUCUUCAAUACAAGGAAAAAUUCCUUCAGGCUAUCUCAACAGUAUCUUUGAUUUGAGUGGAGCAUGGUUGAAUGAUGCUGCAGACACUAAAUGUCUUGCUUUUGAUGGUUACUUCAUUUCCCUUUACUAUUUGCAUCUGACAGCAUCUCCACUAGUACUCCAGGAAAAAGUAAAGAAGUCUGUUCCUUCUCACUGGAAUCCAGCAUUAUUAUCCAGGUUCAUCCGGACAUAUGGGACACAUGUGAUCGUAGGAAUGGCUAUUGGAGGUCAAGAUUUAGUUUGUGUUAGACAGAGAUAUACCUCAACUAUUCCUCCUGCUGAACUCAGAGGCCAUUUAGAGGAUCUUGGAGAUUAUUUAUUCUCAGAUGGAAAGAGUCCUCAACUACAGAGGACAACAAGAGAUGGAAAACAAAAAGUUCCAGACGUCUUUAGUCGUAUCUUGCAGUCAAACACCAUGCAGCUGACAAGUAUUACAGAAACAUCAAGCAAGGAUGGCCUGACCAUUAUUUGGUCAAAAAGAGGAGGUGAUGUGUUUUUGCAAAGUCACUCCAAGUGGCUCCAGACCGUGUCAGCUAAACCAGAGGCCAUCCUUUUCAAGUUUGUGCCCAUCACUUCUCUACUUACUGGGAUUCCAGGCAGUGGAUAUCUUAGCCAUGCGAUCAAUUUGUAUCUACGUUACAAGCCUACUCUUGAGGAUUUACAGUACUUCUUGGAAUUUCAAGUUCCUAGUCAAUGGGCGCCUAUGUUUAAUGAACUACCUCUUGGGCAUCAGAGAAAAAGGGCCUCUUGCCCUUCAUUGCAGUUCAGUUUCAUGGGUCCUAAGGUUCAUGUCAACUCCACCCAGGUUUCAAGUGGUAAAAAACCAGUGAUGGGCCUGCGCCUGUAUUUGGAAGGGAAAAAAUGCAACCGGUUGGCCAUGCAUAUACAGCACCUCUCAAGCCUUCCAAAUUGUAUGGAAUUUUAUUGGCCAACAGCUCCAUGUGCAGGCCAUGUCAGUGGCGAGGUUCUGAUGAUUAUGAGUCCAUUAACCAAUUCUUAGAACCAGUCAAAUGGAAGUCAUACUCUCAUGUCUGCACAUCAGCAGUCAAGUAUGAUCCCAAUUGGCUGAAGGGAGGUUCAACUGGGGUUUUUGUUGUAACUGGUGUUCAGCUUUUGAGCAAAGGCAAGUGGCCAAAGACCAUACUUCAUCUCCGUCUGCUCUUUACACAUAUACCCUACUGCACCAUUAGGAAGAAAGAAUGGGGGAUGGCACCAGAAGCUUCUCGGAAGUCAACUUUCCUUGCAUCUCUCAAGACAACAUUCACCUUCACUCAACAGGCAACUGGUCCACCAAAGCAGCUUCCGACUGCACUAAACUCUGGUGUAUACCCAGAUGGCCCACCUAUGCCCAUCCGCUCCACAAAGCUUCUUAAGUAUGUGGAUACAGCUGAGGUAGUGCGCGGUCCACAUGAUGCUCCCGGGCAUUGGUUGGUAAUCGCUGCUCAGCUAGUCACAGAUAAUGGUAAAAUUGGUUUGCUUGUAAAGUAUGCAUUGUUGGAUUAUUCACAAGAGUCAUAGUUCUCAUUUGCACAUAGGUAAUGGAUGUGGCUAUGUCUCUUUUGUUCAUUUAUAUUUGUUUAAGAGUUGAUGAUAACAUUUAUAAGUAAACUUCCGUAGCUUUGUACAGACAAUUGCAUAAGGAAUGCGGUUGGGUUUAUAUUUCUUCCUUA